UCUCCAUUUCUCUCUUCUCUCCCAUAUUGUCUCGUCCCUCCCAACACCAAUUACGUGCCCGCAAUUCAUCUGGGGGUGAUCAUUUGGCCAUUCAUUUUCAGAGGAAAGACAUCCUGCAUACUCAAUGAGCGCAUACCUCAAAAUAUAUUGAGUACUAUGGGAAUUCCCAUUAGAAGUGGAAAUAUAAAAAGACAUAAUGAAGCAAUGAGGCUCACUAUAGCAACCUUUGCUGGAGUUAUUUUUGGCUUUGUUAUAGGAGUAUCAUUUCCAACACUAUCAUUAACUAAGAUGAAUCUUCCAUCCAGCCUUUUCCCAUCCAUUGAUCUCACAUAUGUUCAGGACAAUUACUCAAAAGUUCCAACCAAGUCUAUUUGGGAUGCUUGGGCUUCAUUUAGGGGUGAAAGAAGCACGUCCAAUGAGUUUCACAUAUUAAAUGAGACAAAGAUUUGGGUUCCUUCAAAUCCUCGAGGGGCAGAAAGGCUUCCCCCUGGAAUUGUCGAAUCUGAAUCAGAUUUCUAUCUUCAUCGGUUGUGGGGCCUGCCCCAUCAGGACCUAAGUAUUAAGCCUAAGUAUCUUGUAACAUUUACUGUUGGGUUGGAGCAGAAAGACAAUAUUGAUGCUGCAAUAAAAAAGUUCUCUGAAAACUUCACCGUUGUAUUGUUUCACUAUGAUGGACGAGCCAGUGAAUGGGAUAAGUUUGAAUGGUCAAAACGAGUGAUUCAUAUCAGUGCCAAGAAGCAAACCAAAUGGUGGUAUGCUAAACGUUUCCUGCACCCUGACAUUGUGGCUCCUUAUGACUACAUCUUCAUUUGGGAUGAGGAUCUGGGUAUGGAGCAUUUUGAUGCAGAAGAGUACUUAAAAAUGGUAAGGAAGCAUGGUUUGGAGAUCUCACAGCCUGGAAUAGACCCCAGUAGUAGUUUCACAUGGCAGAUGACAAGGAGAAGGGAUAAUGGUGAAGUCCAUAAGGAAACUGAGGAAAGAAUUGGUUGGUGUCCUGAUCCACAUUUGCCACCCUGUGCUGGAUUUGUUGAGAUUAUGGCUCCUGUAUUUUCCAGAGAUGCUUGGCGUUGUGUGUGGCACAUGAUACAGAACGACCUAGUUCAUGGAUGGGGUCUUGAUUUCGCUCUCAGAAGAUGUGUGGAUCCUCCUCAUGCGAAAAUAGGAGUGGUUGAUACUCAGUGGGUUGUCCACCAAAGUGUUCCUUCACUUGGGAAUCAGGGGCAAGCAGAGAGUGGAAGGGCACCAUGGGAAGGGGUGAGAGAGAGGUGUAAUAAAGAAUGGACAAUAUUCCAAGAGCGUAUGACUAAUGCAGAGAAGGACCAUUUUGAGGCAAUGGGACUUAUUUCCCUUUCCACCUUAGAGAAAAUAAUUUGACCAAUAAUACCUACAUUCUUCCUUCAAGAUUCCACAUGUCCUUUCGAUUUAUUAUAUUUUUAG